CAUUCCAUUCCGUUCCGCCGCCCUGCUGAUCUUGCGAAUAGCGUAUAUAAACCCCCGCGGCCGGCCCGCAUCUCGAUCGCAUCGACGGACGGCCACCACCGAUCGUCAUGAGCCGGAUACACCCCAACGCGGAGGCCUCGAGGCGGCGCCUCCUGCUGCGAGACGGCGGCGCCGCGCCCUCGGCGGACUCGGCGGCGGCGUCCGCGGCGGCGAAGUGCUACACGGUGUGGAUGCGGUCCAGCAUGGGGUUCCAGGGCACGGACGGCUUCUCCGUCUACGACGCCGGGGGAGCGCUCGCCUUCCGUGUCGACAACUACUCCCGCCGCAGGAAGAUCUUCGCUGGCGAGCUCACCCUCAUGGACGGCCACGGCGCGCCGCUCCUAUCCCUCAGGCCGCAGAUCAUCAGCAUGCACGACCAAUGGAACUGCUACAAAGUGCCAGAAGAAGGCCAGACAAAGCGGGCAAGAUCGCAGCAGCUCUUCUCCAUGAGGAAAUGCUCGGUCCUGCAGGGCAACCGCGAAGCAGAAGUGUACAUGACUUCAGCCUGCUCCACCACCGCCACCCCCACCACCACCACGUCGCCAGCAUCAGACCCUGUUCCUCCUCCCGGCCACCAGGCCCCCAGCUUCUGGAUCGAGGGCUGCUUCCGGAGGAGGAGCUGCAAGAUCCGCAGGGUCCCCGACGGCCAGGAGGUGGCGAAGAUCGCCAGGAAGAAGGCCGGGCCUGGCAAGGCGCCUCUCACGCUCGGCGACGACGUGUUCAGCCUCGUGGUGCAGCCGGACGUCGACUGCGCGGUGAUCAUGGCCCUCGUCGUCGUUCUCGACCGGAUCUGCUGGAGGCCCUACACGCCGUUGAUAUGCUCUUCGUAGCAGCCCGCGCGUGCUGAAUCGGUGAUCGAUCGAUGAACCUCUGUUUGAUUGGCACAGGGGGGGACAUAGAUUUCUUUUUCUUUUUCAGUUCCUCUUCAAGUGACAGUCGUCUCAGGUGAGAGCCCGUGGAGAUAAAACUGGUUGCUGGUGAA